CGCUGGACUUGGCCUUUGUUUUCCCUCGAGAUAAACAAGAGUGAUCCAGCGCUCCAGGGAGAUUCCCUUUGUUACUUUCCCCUAUCUUAUCCCUCUUCGAUCUCUGCACACCUCUGCGGAAUCCUGCAUUCCAACUUUCCCGAAGUUCAGCCCUUCCCUACUCUACCCCACCAUGUCCGAAUCCAGACAAGAGCUGCUAGCAUGGAUCAACAACCUGCUGCAGUUGAACAUGACCAAGGUUGAGCAGUGCGGUACUGGUGCCGCUCUGUGCCAGAUCUUCGAUUCGAUAUUCAUGGACGUCCCCAUGUCUCGCGUCAAGUUCAGCGUCAACACCGAAUACGCUUACCUCCAGAACUUCAAAGUCCUCCAAAACGUCUUCGCGAAGCACCAGGUGGACAAGCCAAUUCCGGUGGAAUCUCUUACGAAAUGCCGUAUGCAGGACAACCUUGAGUUCCUCCAAUGGACGAAGAAGUACUGGGACCAGCACUACCCGGGCGGUGAAUACGAUGCGGUCGCUCGUCGCAAGGCCUCUGGCGCCCCCGCUGCUGCCGCGAGUGCUUCUCGUGCCGGUGCAAGCUCCGCGGGUGCCGCGCGCCGUGGAACCACGCCCACCAUUGGCGGCGCUGGCCGUCCCCGUGUCGCUGGUGCAAGCGCCGCCAACGUGUCUGCCCUCCAGCAGGAGAUUGCUACGCAGAAGGAGGCCAUUGCUGGUUUGGAGAAGGAGAGGGACUUCUACUUCGCCAAGUUGCGUGACAUUGAGCUGCUGCUGCAGAGCGCCAUUGAGGCCGAUCCGGAGAUGGAGAAGGACGAAGACUCCCUGGUGAAGCACAUUCAGGGCAUUCUGUACUCGACGGAGGAGGGAUUCGAGAUUCCCGAAGCGGAGGGAGCCGCGGAUGAACUGGAGACCUUCUAAGUUCAUAACAAUGUUGGUCCAUUAUUAAUACCCCUUCAUGUGUAGCACAAGCGUUCUCCAGUCGUCUUACGACAUCUAUGUCUUUAACUAGUUUUCCUUCCGUUUAGACCGUUGGUCCGACAUGCAAGUAGGGUGAGGGGGAGUUGCCGGGUGAAAAGCCAGAAGGGUGAUUGUCGAUACGCAGGCCCUUUGUAUAGUUGUGACAGAAAGCUCAUUUCCUUCCUGUCUUGAUAGGUAGCUGGAAGUGUUUUCAUCCCCUAGUAUGCGUUGGUACUAAUAGACAGGAUCUCACCACCCAAGAAUAGGUUGAGAUCCGAGUGCAUGCCAGAAC